AUGGCAGGCGCCAGCUUGGAUUGGGCUGAUAAGCCUAAUGCCGAUCUCGCCUUGUCAUCGGAUGAAGAGGACUUGGUUUCCAGCCCAAGUACUGUUUCAAGGGAGCUUGAAGGUGCUGCCAAACAAAAUCUGACACUGGCUUUGGGGAAGCUACAUUUGGAGCAAGAGGGCUUGAAUCAAUCCUCCGAACAAGACGCGACUCCAACAACUCCCCGCACCGAAGGCCCAAAUCAAACCCCCCCAGAACUUGAAAUGGCCAACAACCCUCUACAGCUGCUAGACUUACCUUUGGACAUUUUGAAAGAGAUCAUCAAAGAGGUGACCCAUACGACUGACCUGACCUCACUCGCUCUCACUUGCUCUGCUCUUCAUUCCCUAGCUAUUCCGCACAUGUACUCCCGUUUCGAUAUUGUCUGGCCCGAGUCGCUGAAUCCAUCAACGGAUGACUACUCCGGGGUGGAUGCUCUGUCAUAUGGUCUUUCCACAUUGGUAAUGGGCGAGGAUGUAUUCAAUCGGCUGCCGCUGUUUCCAUCUGGCCCAGUUAAAAAUAGCUGUGUGAAUUGUGGGUGCGAUAACCUCCAUCAUCCGCCGGACUCGGCCCCUGGGGACAACGGAGUUCGCUUCCGGCCGAGACGAGGCAAUAACUAUGCACAGUAUACCCGCACGUUUUCUAUUGGAAAUGGCCCGCUCAGCUGGGUACAAGAAUACUCGGUGACCAAAGAAGUGGGUAAAAUGCUGGGGACGCUGGUCGCUUUAGCAGUUGCACGGAUGGUGAAUCUCGAAGCCUUUAUUUGGGAUAUGCCGACUGGAGUAGUCCGUGAAAUUUGGCUGGCGCUUGCAUCAUUGGCAGAGCGGCCAGGUCACGAUUGUCGACUAGAACGCAUUUGGGUGCGCUGGCAUGACAAUUCAGAGAAUGCUCUACGCAGUUCGUCAGCAGCGGCAACGAGGCUCUUCCAGAAAUACAAACACGUGGAACAUCCUUCUUUGUCGGUAUUGCCUCCACUGAAGAGCGUGGCUGUUCUUGACAUAGAUGAGCCCGCUUAUGUGGAGGAGCUGGCCCUUCUCAUUGAGCGGUCGCGUCACCAUCUGUCCGAACUCCGAAUUGGUAUUGCCGAAAAGGCCCAUAUGAGUGCGUGGCUGCUGUGUGGGAAGGACUCUGAUGGUUCAACUAGUUGGCCUAGACCCGAUGGCGUACUUGGGAUCUUGGCACGGCAGCAUCUUGACAACAAGCAGGACAAUUCUAUAAUCGUCUGCUCUGGCGAGAAGCCGCUGCCAUCCGAGAACUCGAUAAGCGAGUCGCCAAACUCUACCGAGAGCACACCUCCAUUGACUACCAAUGGCGAGCAGCAGCCUCCCAGCACUAAGGACAAGAAGCCCCCACCCAACUCUGGUUUACCUAACCGAAGUGCAUGCUCGCCGCUACCUUCCGAUAGACCUGACUCUGAGAUGCUUUAUCUCAAAGUACUCGAGCUGGAACGCGUACCUCUUUCUGUGCCGACACUACUGCCGGCUGUUGACUGGACUGGACUGACCACUCUCACCAUCAUGCGAUGCGAGGAUCAUGAAAAGCUGUGGAGGGCUCUCCGUCGCAAGUAUGCUCCUCCUGCGAUGCCGACAAAACGCCCACAGGACGCAGAGCGUCGAGCGAGUGCCAGCUCAGCUGAAUACUCACUAAACUUGAAACACAUUCGCACGGACACUGUUUCGCCUUAUCUUAUACUGUUUAUCAAGGAUGCGCUGGCUCCGAAUACCCUGGAAAGUGUUUAUUUGCAUGAAGCUCCAGGCCACGAAUCUGCUGUGCAGAUCGAUGCUAUCUACAGGCAUAUUCUGCGAAAGCACAGGCAGAGUUUGCGAAAGGUGUUGAUUGACGCCACUGACCGUACCAUUGGCACCGGAUAUUCAGACACGCGAUGGCACAAGUGGAUGUUCAACCACGACAUGAUAUCAUUUGUUACGAGUGGAAAGAUGCCGCAUUUGAAAGAGCUGGGAAUGGCGAUGCACUAUCGCGAUUGGCAUUUCUUCCUCCAGAGAUUGCCGAAUAUGCCCCAGCUUCGUGCUUUGUAUCUACCGCACAUUCACCAGACCGUCCACCGCCACCUGAAAGAGCUUGCGCUUCAAGUUUUGGACAUCGUCAGCAUACGUCCAGACCUGAAGAUCGCCUAUAUUGGUCUCCACAUCAAAUGCUAUCAAAUUCUUGAAGCAAGACACGACGAUAACCCACUGUAUUUUGACGACCACCCCACGAUUGGUCAUUCUCCGGCGCAUAGCGAAGAUGAGGGUGAAGGGUGGGCUAACCCCGACCACGCAUCCAACGAAGGCAGCCAGCAUUCCGACGAAGAUGGCUCAGGAGCAGCUGACACAGAUCUCCUUUCCAGUGACCCGGAUGACUACGAUACCGAACCCGACGAAGAACAGGGUUCUUCGCGUAUUCGGUACCGGCUACAGGAGAUUCUAUUCCACGACGAAAAAGUAUCCAUUUUCAAGGCGCGUCAUGGUGUUUUGUGA